AGCACCGCUGCCGGGGGCAGCCCCGUCGAGCUCGAGGGUCACUGGGGCAGGAAGCUGUACGGGGCGAGCGUCGCGCCGCCCCCGCCGCCUCCGCAUCAUCACCCGCGGGCGCCCCUCGUCUUCGCGCCCCAGGACAUGCGACAGAUAUUGAAGGAGGAACCGGUGCCGAGAGCCUGGCCCCAGCCUGCUCUCGCCGACAACGGAUCAGCUGUGGUCGGGAGGGCACAUUUCGAGAAACAGCCACCCAGUAAUUUAAGAAAAAGUAACUUCUUUCACUUUGUUAUCGCUCUCUACGAUCGAUCGGGCCAACCGAUAGAAAUCGAGAGAACGGCUUUCAUUGGCUUCGUCGAGAAGGAUCAGGAGUCGGAAGGUCAGAAAACCAACAAUGGAAUACAGUAUCGUCUUCAGCUUUUGUACUCUAAUGGUGUCAGGCAAGAACAGGACAUCUUUGUCAGACUGAUCGACUCCGUUACCAAGCAGGCAAUCAUGUACGAAGGACAAGAUAAGAAUCCGGAAAUGUGCAGAGUUUUGCUCACCCAUGAAGUUAUGUGCAGCCGCUGUUGUGACAAGAAGAGCUGCGGGAACAGGAACGAGACGCCCAGUGAUCCCGUGAUCAUCGACCGAUUCUUUCUCAAGUUCUUCCUCAAGUGCAAUCAGAAUUGCCUGAAGAAUGCCGGUAACCCGAGGGAUAUGAGGCGCUUCCAGGUCAUCAUAUCCACUCAGGUUGGCGUUGAUGGCCCACUGCUGGCAGUCUCCGACAAUAUGUUCGUUCAUAACAAUAGUAAACAUGGUCGCAGAGCGAAACGACUGGAUCCCAGCGAUCCUGGCGAGUACAACAGUCUUUACCCGCCCUUGCAAAUGGCGACACCUUGCAUAAAGGCGAUAUCGCCGAGCGAGGGUUGGACAUCGGGAGGGUCGACGGUGAUAAUAAUUGGCGAUAAUUUCUUCGAUGGGCUUCAAGUUGUCUUUGGCACAAUGCUGGUGUGGAGCGAGCUGAUAACGCCCCACGCAAUCAGGGUACAAACGCCACCGCGGCAAAUUCCAGGAGUCGUCGAGGUCAUACUGUCCUAUAAGGGCAAACAGUUUUGUAAAGGAGCACCGGGCCGAUUCGUUUACGUCUCGCUGAGCGAGCCGACGAUCGCCUACGGCUUCGAGAGGUUACAGAAGCUCAUACCCCGGCAUCCUGGCGACCCGGACAAACUUCCCAAGGAAAUAAUACUAAAGAGAGCGGCCGACUUGGCAGAGGCGCUGUACAGUAUGCCGCGGACGACGAACGCCUCGGGCAUAUCCUCGGCGCCGAGAAGUCCCGGCUCGAGUCACGCGAACCAGCCCCCGACCUCGACUUCAGCCACGGCAUUCAACUCCUACACGGGACAACUGGCGGUGACUGUACAGGAAAACGGUUCAUCCUCAAAGUGGACCGACGAGGGAGCGUCGGUGCCGACGGGCGCCGGUAGCGGGACCAACGGGAGCAACGGCCCGGGUAACAACGGACCUGGGAGCAACGGGGCCGGUGCUACGGGUCCAGAUGCCUAUCGGCAAAGCAGCAGCGCCAGCCCCCGUGGCGUCGUUGGGAGCGCCGGUGGCGGCUACUGCGGGAGCACCGCCAGCACACCCCACAGCCACAGCACCGGUGGCAGCUACUCCGUGACCAACCCCUACACCGGCAGCCCCACGCUCUACACCUCCCCGCACGAACAGUACGGAAUUUUCUAUUCAUCCGGGGACAGCAGCGCUUUCGCCCCCGUAGUCCGACCACCGACCACCUCAGUCCCACCGCACUGGUCCACACAGCACCACCUCGCUACGGCUGCCCAGUAAAUUCAAUGUCGCAAUAAAGCAAACGAAAUACUUGAUAGAGAUUAAUAGUG